CGCAAAAGGGCGAUCCAGGAAGGCGAAAGGGAAGCAGAGCGAGCGCGCCCGCGCGCGACCCACUUCAAUCGGGCGAGAGAGAGAGGAGGAGAAAAGAAGGAGAAAAAGAAAAGAAGAAGACAGAAAGAAGAGAAGAAACUUCCCCCAGGGCGAGCACCGGAUGUGCCUGGAUCAGCCCCCGUCUGGGUUUUCCCCCUUGGCUUUGUAGGGCAGACCGAAAGUUGCGUCUGGAAGCGAGACAAAAGUUGGAGAGAACUUUGCUCCCGUCGUCGGCAGUUCGACUUUUUUUCCCCUUUCCUUUUUUUUCCUUUUCUUUUGGGGAAUUCUUGACUCUCUCUUCCCGCAUCAUCGCUCGCUCCCUUCCCCAACAUCCCCCUCCCCACUCAACGCCCUCAACGCCCCCCCCCCUCCACGCCAAAGCGAUUAAUCGAUACAUGAAGGCUCCCCUCUCCUAACGCGAAGGAAAGAUGAAUAUCUAUCGCCCACCUUCGGGGGCCAAAACGAAGGUCUCCGGCCUGAAAUACAGCAGCAAGACCGAGGACAUGAACGGCCUUGAGGAAGGGGUGGAGUUCCUCCCCACCAUGAAUACCAAGAAGCUUGAGAAGCGUGGUCCAAAAUGUUGGGUGGUGCUGGUCAUCGUGGCAUCCAUCUCCGUGGUCGUUUCUCUGACGGUUGGGAUGCUGGUUUGGCACUUCAAAUACAGGGCUGCCGUGGUGAAGAAGUCAUACAACGGCCACAUGAAACUGAUAGGCACACAGUUCAUCGAUGCCUACGAGGAUUCCAGCUCUCCUGAAUUUGCUGCAUUGGCAGAGAAGGCAAAGACGAUGCUCUUGGACAUCUAUAAAAAUAAUUUGGAUGUUGGUCCAUUCCACAAUGACUCAGAGAUACUAGCAUUCAGUGAGGGCAGUGUGCUUGCUUACUUCUUGUCCACAUUCAGUGUUCCUAAAUACAAGACGGAUAUUCUUGAAAAUGCCAUGGCCAAUUUCCAUAAUUUAAAACUAUCAGGACCGGGAAGAGGGCGUUUGAAGGAAUUUCAAAUUGAGUCUCUCACCGCUUUUCCUACUGAUGAGGAUAUUGUCAAAGCAACCCGAGACAACAGCUGCAAUUAUGCGUUGCAUGCCAAAGAAGGGAAAGUGAUAAGCUUUGCCACACCAGGAUUCCCAAACAGCCCUUACCCAUCCAACAUGCGCUGCUUCUGGGCGCUGAGAGCUGAUGCCAACGCAGUCAUUAGCCUGACCUUCACUACCUUUGACGUCGAGGGAUGCGACCAAGGCAAGGACUUUGUCAAGGUGUACAAUUCAUUGAGCCCAGUGGAAGAACGCUCACUGGUGAAGCUGUGUGGGAGCUUUGAUUUUUCAUACAACCUGACUUUCAUCUCCUCCCAAAACGUUCUCCUGGUUAUGUUAAGUACAGAUGCAAAGGGAAGAUUUCCUGGAUUCAAAGCAGACUUCUUCCAGAUGUCAAAGACAUCUUGUGGCGGAGUUUUGAAAGGCAUAUCAGGGAAUUUCACCACUCCGUACUAUCCAGCCUACUACCCUCCAAAUCUGGAUUGCGUGUGGAAUAUAGAGGUGCCUAGGGACAAAAAUGUAAAGAUACGCUUCAAUGAAUUCCACCUGGAGGAUCCUGGUGACUCCUCCAACUCCUGCCCCAAAGAUUAUGUGGAAAUCAACGGUAUCAAAUAUUGUCAGCCCAGCAAAGGGUUUGUGGUAAUGAGUAAAACCAACAAAAUCACAGUUCGUUUCCACUCAGAUAAUUCACACGUGGACAAUGGCUUCUCGGCUGAGUAUUUGUCCUUUGACUCCAAUGAUCCUUGCCCAGGGCAAUUUACCUGCAAAAGUGGCCGUUGUAUCAAAAAAGAACUGCGCUGUGAUGGGUGGCUUGACUGCCCAGAUGCCAGCGAUGAGAGAGAUUGCAACUGCACUAAGAAUCAAUUCCGAUGCCAUAAAUGGUGUAAGCCAAGGUACUGGCUUUGUGACACGGUGGAUGACUGCGGGGACAACAGCGACGAACUGCAGUGUGAAUGUCCUCCUGAUAGCUUCAAGUGCAGUAACGGCAAUUGCAUCCCAAUGCAGCAGAAAUGCAAUGGAAAAGCAGACUGCGAAGACGGCGACGAGGGGGAGUGUGGCUCCGUGGACACCGUUACCUGUCAAGCAUACACCUACAAAUGCCGCAACAAUUUGUGUGUGAGCAAGAAGAAUCCCGAAUGUGAUGGAGCGACAGACUGUAGUGACAAAUCAGACGAAGAGAAUUGCAAUUGUGGCAUCCGGGCAUAUAGCAAGCAGUCCGGAUUGUGGGGUGGAAUGGACUCCACUUCGGGCGAAUGGCCCUGGCAGGUCAGUCUCCAUACCCAGAAUGAUGGCCAUGUCUGUGGGGCUUCCUUGAUAUCCAACAAGUGGCUGGUCACGGCUUCCCAUUGCUUUAAUGAAAAGAACUACAUCAGAUAUACUGACCCCUCCCUGUGGACUGCCUACAUGGGUCUUCUGGAUCUGGAGAACAGGACGAAUAGGCUCGUUCAGAAAAGGACUAUCAAGAAAAUCAUCAGGCACCUCUUCAAUGACUUCACGUUCGACUAUGACAUCGCUCUGAUGGAGCUAUCCAGCCCCGUCACUUUUUCCAGAAUCAUUCCUAUCUGUUUGCCUGAUGCCACCCACGACUUCCCUGCAGGGAAAGCCUUCUGGGUGACUGGAUGGGGAAGGACGCAAGAAAAUGGUGCUGGUGCCAGAAUUUUGCAGAAGGCAGAAAUCCGGGCGAUCAAUCAGACCAUGUGUGAGUCCCUGUUGGUUAAUCAACUCACUCCACGGAUGAUGUGUGUAGGAGUCCUGACAGGAGGAAUUGAUGCUUGCCAGGGAGAUUCUGGAGGACCGCUUACCAGCAUAGAAGUUAACAAUCGGAUGUUCCUGGCUGGUGUAGUCAGCUGGGGAGACGGUUGUGCUCGCCGGGACAGGCCAGGAGUCUACACCAGGGUCACUAAGCUACGAACAUGGAUCAAAGAGAAAACAGGGGUGUAGGUGGUUUCUGCCCCUGGGAUUGUUCACACCUGACCCCCUUGCACAGAUCGGUCAACUUGGCCAUUGAAGAAGACUUUCCCACAUGAUGUGAAGGGAAACCUGUCUCAUACGUUCAACCCUUCCCUCCUCUUGUCCUUGUUCUUCUGGGUCUUCUGGGUGGGGAAGGUUGGUUUGAUCAUAAAUGACCCACCUGGAUUAAUUGUACAUGGACACCAUGCUCACCUGAAGAGCCCUCCAGCUGCUUCUUUCCUUGCUUCUGCAACUCCCGAGAUCAUCGCAGUGUCUUCAUUUAAACACGAACUGAGGGGUUUUUUGACUGGCCUGGAGCUCCGGCCCAGAUCCGACUUCUGCACAGGUGUGCAUGGGGAGAUUGGAACCAAUUUGAGAUGGGAUUAUACUGGCUCCUCUUUUCCCAAGCCCCAAACAGAUGGCAGUGGGAAGAAAGGAAGACUAACCUGCCUGUUUAGAAAACAGAUUCCAGGUCUCUGAGCUUGGCGCCCUGUUCUUUUCCUUGUUGUGUCCGACACAAUGCCAUCUGCAAUGAUCCUGCGUCCUAUCAUUGUUCCCUUAAAAUUCCUCAUUAAGAGUGAGGUUGCUAUCUUUGCUGUCUCGGUGUGUAACCCCCUGGAAUCCUUACGGAAAGGGAAUUGUGACAAUUUCCAGAUUUGUACGAUGUGGAUAGAUUUGAAGGCUAUAAAAUCGCUGCAAAAUUUGGCGGGACCACUAGAGGGGAGCAGAGAGAUACCAAAAAAAAGCUGCCUUUUGCUCAUCGCCAGUGAUAUUUCGGAUGUUUGCAGCAAAAUAAGGCAGCAGUUUCUUUGAUUAAAUGACUUUUCCUCCCUAUUCCCCCUGAGUGAACUUCAUAAUAUCGGUGCAGAAUUGCCUGUAAAAUACAGCCUUGCUGACAAAAUAAGCACUGAAAAUCAUACUUGGUCUGCAAUGUAAGAAGCAUCGUACCAGAUUUUUUUUUUUUAAAGGGAAUAUUUCCCAUCUCUGACUUCGCCUCCUUUUUAUAAUACGAUGGUCAGAGAUGUAAAAGGGAAGAAAAACAGGAAGGGAGAGGACAGCAAGGAUGUUCCUCCCUCCACCUCUGAAUUUUUCCUUACCCAUCCUCAUUUGUUUCCCUGUCUUUACAUCUUACCUGCCAGCAUAAUUUAGAUUGAGAUUCCCUCCUUGAUAUUUUUUUAACCCCUAUUUCUAUCCAUUUGAAUCCAUGGGAUAAAAAAUCUUCAUUUUUGUAGGCAGAAUCAACUUCUACAAGGGUUCUGUCGAUUAUUAUUAGGUUGCCUACAAAUCUCCAAAAUGCCUCUAAGGAUAAAAACCGACAAUCAGGGAAUAAUAACUUUUUGCCUUUUCUGUGCCUGCAUGUAAAAGUCCAGCUGAAAUAUUUGGGACUUGCAAUCGACUUGCCUCUUCUUUUUAUAUUAAAAAAACAAAACCCAGUUGAUUCUGGACUUUUCCAACAGUGAAAAAAUAAUCACGAUUCUUUCCAUCGAAGAUGGAACAUGGUGGAUGGAAAUGGGAAUGAGGGGAAGACUUCAAAGCAAGCCUGUUGGAACUCACAUAUCUUGCUUGUUUGAGUUUUGAAAAGCUUGUGCCUUGCAUCUAAGUUGGACUUCAUCUCCUGAGACAUCCUGUCAAUGACAAAGACCUACCCUAUUUUUCGGAGUAUAAGAUGCUCCGAAGUAUAAGAUGCACCUAGCUUUUGG